UUAUUAACUUCACCCAUGGAAACUUCCAGUAGUGAAGCCGAAAACUGACUGUUCGUCGGUGAAGUUCGAAGUAUAUGGCGGAACCAACUAAAUUGAAAUUUUAGGUGAAAUUAAGCAGCUUCACUUUCCUUUCAACUCCAAUUAAACCCCAUCGCAGUUCUCCCUUUUCUUUACAUUUUCCGAUCGCCACUCAAUUCGAUUCCAUUCCAUCCUUGCACUCUUCCAAACCUGACACCUAAAUUCACUCUCGGGCUUUUCCAUUUUCUUCCCAUUGAUCAAUAUGCGAGUUCACAAAUUUCAUUGUUCAAACAAGUAGGAUUGUCCCCAGGAUCUUGUUUUCGUGAUUGUGAGCUUCAAAUUCUUCUUCAACCGACCCAGGUUCAUGAGCUUAGCUCCUGCCCUGUUCUUGCGGCAGAAUUUGAACAUUUGGUCCAAAAAUCUUAGCCAUGCCAUAUCUUCAGGCGAUGCAAAGCUACUUUUUCUAUUGAAAUCAUGCAAUGGGACUGCAGAAAUCUCUCAAAUCCACUGCUACAUGGUCAAGACUGCUCUUGAUCUCGUCCCUUUCACAUUGAGCAAACUUCUUGCUUCUGCCAUAUUGGAUAUCAAGUAUGCAGCUUCCAUUUUCAGGGAGAUACGAAACCCAAAUCUCUUUAUGUUCAAUACUAUGCUCAGAGGCCAUUCUAAUAGCAAUGAUUCAAAACAAGCUUUUGUUAUUUUCAAUGACCUUAGGAAUCGGGACUUUUUGCCGGAUGAGUUUUCUUUCAUAACGAUUCUGAAAGCUUGUGCUCGUGAAUUGGCAAUUGAUGUUGGACAGGGAAUUCAUGGGAUUGUUCAUAGAUCUGGGCAUAGUUUAUUCAAUCAUGUUAAAAAUAUACUUCUACAUUUUUACUGUGCGUGUGGGCAAAUUGGAGAUGCCCAUAAACUGUUUGAUGAGAUUCCUCAAAGAAAUGAUUUGGUCUCGUGGAACACUUUGAUGGGUGGUUAUCUUCAUGCAUCUCAGCCCAUUGUUGUUUUAGACUUUUUUAGACAAAUGUGUAGGAGAGGUUUGAUAGCCAGUGUGAAUACAGUAUUAACUGUUUCAUCUGCAGUGUGUGAUGUUGGCAAUACCAUGGAUGGCAAGUCUCUUCAUGGACAAUGUAUCAAGUUGGGCUUAUGUUCUGAUCUCAAUGUGGUUACAUGUUUGAUUGAUAUGUAUGCAAAGUUUGGAGAUUUGGACGAAGGAGAAACACUUUUCAAUGAAGUUGCUGAGAAAGAUGUUAUUCUGUGGAAUUGUUUGAUAGAUAACUAUGCUAGAAAUGGUUUGAUAGAAAAAGCAGUAGCUUCACUACAUCUCAUGAAACUUGAAGGUACGAGGCCCAAUUCAUCCACAUUGGCUUGCUUAAUCUCAGCUUGUGCUACCUUUAAUGCUGUUAGUACAGGUAAAUACCUUGGUAAUUAUGUGGAGGAAGGAUUAGUUCUAGAUGUUGUUCUUGGAACAACUCUAAUUGAUAUGUAUGCUAAAUGUGGGUUCCUAGACAAGGCAAUUGACGUUUUCAAUAAGAUACAAAAUAAAGACGUGAAGACUUGGACGGCGAUGAUAACUGGUUAUGGGGCUCAUGGACAGACGAGGAAGGCUAUAGAAACUUUGUAUAGGAUGGAGAAGGAGGGUUUUCGGCCGAACGAAAUAACAUUCUUGGCAGUCUUGAAUGCUUGUAGUCAUGGAGGCAAAGUGGCAGAGGGGAUAAGAUGUUUCAAAAGAAUGGUGUAUGAAUAUGGCAUGACACCAAAGAUUGAGCACUAUGGAUGUAUUAUCGAUCUUCUUGGUCGUGCGGGGUUGUUGGAGGAAGCUCAUAACCUAAUAAAGAGCUUGCCUUCGGAGGGCGAUAUUACUGGAUGGCGUGCACUGCUUGCAGCUUGUAGGGUUUAUGGAGAUGUUGAAUUGGGAGAGUCUGUGAAGAGAAUGCUGGUUGAUUUAAAUGAUGAACACCCCACGGAUUCAAUGCUUCUUUCUAGUACAUAUGCCAUUGCUGGGAGAUUGUCUGAUUAUACACAAUAUCAACAAAUUAAGGAAGGAAACAGAAGGAAAGAAGUGACUGGAUCAUCUCAAAUGCAGAUUGAGAGAGCAAAAAAGGAAGUUGGUUGUAGUAUGAUUGAGAUGGAUUACUUUUAUUAAGGCCACGCUUAUGAAACCGUAAUGAAAAUUAGUGUAAUCUGAAUGAAAUUUCAUUGAUGAAUAAAUCGUAAUAGGCCUAAAUUGUAAACACAAUUAAAUUGCUUUUGAUCGCAUUAUUUAGAAUUAUGAAUCAAUCACAUUUGACUA